AUGGUGCGAUUGUGUGUUCCUGAAGGCGAGGGACAACUCCCCUUCGUUCUCAGACCACCUGGCGCCGUUGCCACACAAAGCGGCCUCGUCACAUCGCCAUGGAGAAGUUCCAUCGCCGCUGCAGCCGUUACUGGCGGCCUGGCCCUUGUCGGCCGCUCACGACCUGGCGUGUUCCUCAAGUCCGCGGCCUUGAUCAGUACCGUCGACCUUACAUGCACAGCAUCUGGGAUAUAUGGGCGACAUGAAUUGAACCGAGGUGUCUUCAAGAUGGAAAACAUACAGCCCACGCCUGGCAAGCUAUGGGAACGGACAAAGCACUGGACUUCGGAAGAUGCGACAUUGGCUGGUGGAGUGCUGGGAAUGUUCAUGGCAUUGAACCCGCGUGCUCUGCCCGGUGUCUACGGCUUCUCGCGGUUCUUUGGAGCGGCUACGGUUGGGUGUGCGCUCGGCUUCAAGGUCGGACAAGCCUUCCUCGUGCGCAUGCCCCCGCCACUCCUCCAGCUUUUCGAUCAGACGGUCAUUGCGGCUCAACAAAAGGAGUAUCAAAAGCUACAGAACGACGACAGAGCGAAGGCGUCCCUCUCUAGAAUCGGAAAACUCGCGCUCUGGUACCACUCGUCUUCGUUGAUGGGGAUUCUCCGUAGCCCUCUGCAAGUUGGUGGGGUCGGGGGAAUGGGCGGUAUGUCUGGUGGACCGACCCAAGCGGGGCAUAAAGGGAGUUCAGGGCCUGGUGGUGGCUCGUUGGCUGCACUGAAAGCCGAGUUGGACAGAGAAACUCUCGUCCAGAUCGAGUUCAAGGAAGACGAACUUGCAGGACCUGACGUGGAAAACGGAUUUCGUGCGUACAAGGACGAUCUCAAGUCGCGAGACGCGAGCAAAGUACAGGAAUGGUUGGAACAAGUCCAGAAUCUCAAAAAGAAGACGGGUGCUGAGCUGCAAUACGUCUGGCCACACCUUGCGCAGAGAGAACAUGAGUUUUACCAACAUGUACAGGAGGACAGGGAGAAGGAUAUAUUUCGCCGAGAACUACAACUGCUCAACAACAUGGCCUCCGAUCUGGUGACGCGAUAUGCGAUUCUUGAGUAUCAUGAACACGACGCGCAAAAGCAACUACAACAGAUCAUACAAGCAGACCCCAACGGCGCAGGGCUAGAUGUAAUCUCCCGGGACAUCACAACAUCCUACGAAACAUCUCAACAUUCAGCCGGAGACGCUCAAAUGAACUAUGACGGUCCGACAACUGUCACGGAACGGAUACGCACAACCUGGUCAAGGCAGAAAGAGUUGCUGCGUCAUUUGGAGCAUAGCGUCUCCCAGGCCGAUGCCAUGCAGCCCGAGAAAGGAACUCAUAUGGCUGAAGCAGCUAAGCGCCUCCAGCAGGAUGCCGAGCAGAUAAGGAAGAACAUUGAGGCCACGGAGCGUUUGUUGCGGUGGUUUGAGGAGCGAGUACGUGAGGCGGAAGAGGCAGUGAAAAACGAUAGUCGCCAAAGCAAAUCUUGA